AUGGCCCCUGGACAACAUACUUGCUGCGACAAAAAAAAAAUUAAGAGAGGGUUGUGGUCACCUGAGGAAGAUGAGAAACUCAUACGGCACAUUUCUGCCUACGGCCAUGGCUGUUGGAGUGCAGUUCCUAGACUUGCAGGGUUGCAGAGAUGCGGCAAGAGUUGCAGGCUGAGAUGGAUAAAUUACUUGAGGCCAGAUCUGAAAAGAGGGAGUUUUUCUCCAGAAGAAGCAGCUCUCAUAAUUGAUCUCCACAAUAUUCUUGGCAAUAAAUGGGCUCAGAUAGCAAAGCAUCUUCCUGGAAGAUCAGACAAUGAAAUCAAAAACUUUUGGAAUUCAAGCAUCAAGAAGAAACUAAUGGCAAGGAAUCUUUCUAAUUCAGCCAGGAGCAAUUUUCAAGGCUUGAGCUCAAUGAAUUUUAACUCUUAUCUGAUCCCAACUGCCCAAAUGGAUCAAGUCUACAUCCCUCCUGCAGCCCCAAAUAAUCCACUGCCACUAGGGUUUGAUCAGGUGAAUAUCAAUACUAAUUUAAUCCCAGCGCUGACUUCUCUUCCCAUAUCAUCUUUGGAUUCAUCUGCAUAUAAUCUGCCUCCACUGGCAUGGAUGGCAUCAGAAUACCAUCAGCCUCAAUUGGUUGAUCAUCAGCAACAAUUUAUUAAACAGAAAGAUAAUUCCAUCUUCAUCAAUGGUGGCCCAGCGGCUCCACAGUAUUUCAACGCACCACCAUUAAUGAGGACUUACGCGGAUACAUCAGUAAUUAAUGGGUUGCCAAAACUCUGCGAAAUGGCAAAUGGGAAUCAGAUUGGAAUGUAUUCAUCUGUUCCACCAGUUCUUGAAGCAGUUUCUAAAGGUUUUUCAGGAUUCCCUUCUGGGCUUUAUGCACCUGAGAUGCAGGUGCCGGCAGUCGGUCAUAUCCUGUUCAUCCAAUCACUCAUGUCAACAUUCAACGCAUCAUCCUCGCACUCUCAAGCACUGCCUCUACUACCAUGCAGCAGGCCGUUUCUAUUGAACCCUAAUCAGCCUUCAGGCUGGAUCAAUCCCUAG